AUGGUGCUCGCGCGUGUUCUCACGGGCUCCGUUCGUCGCGGAGCAGCGAGAUCCUGCCCCGUUUCUCUCCCCGUUCGCUUCUCACCCAGUUCCACUCGCUCCGCUAUUAACACCACUUCUCGCGCCGCAUCCCAUGCUCGUAGCGGAGCAGCAGCGCUGCGUCCUAUAGCGGGGAUGCCGCCGCUCCUGCCUUUCGCAGCAGCGGGUGCUGUUGCGUCAUCGUCGACGCUAGCAGGAGUCGCCGGCGGGGCGGUAGUAGGGUCACGCAGCGGCGUGGUGUGCCGGGAGCAGGUGGCGGAGGGAUUGGAGUCGUCGCCUUCUGCUCCCGCUGAACAUGUGUCUGAACAGCCGUCAUGGCAGCUGGAGAAGAUAUGGAGAGGAUUGGAGGAGCUUGAGCGGGGCAAGGCAGCAGAGUUGGUGCUACUACGAGGCGAGCUGGUGACUGUAAGGGGGGAGUUGCUAACAACAAGGGGGGAGCUGGCGACUGUGAACGGGAAGUUGGACGCAUUGAAAGGGACUUUAGAAACGAGAAAGUUUUUGGAUGAGGAGGAGGAGGAGGAUGUGGAGGAGGAAGAGGAGGAAGAGGAGGAAGAGGAGGAAGAGGAGGAAGAGGAGGAAGAGGUGAAGGGGCUAAGGAAAGGAGUGAGUUCGGAUUUUUUUGCCGCAGCUGUGCAGUCCCCCCCAGCACCGAAGCAUGUGGAGUUUGACGUGGAAGAGGAGCUCAGGAUGCGGAAAGGGGCAUAUAAAACGGUUUGGCAGGUGAGAGCGAGAAUGGUGACGUUGGCUGCUAGAUGA